UAUUGGUGGCGCUGUUUACAAAAUUGCGUGCUCAGAAAAAUUCCCGACAAAAGACGUAGGGUCUGGAUGGAAGACAGCGUGUUGCGUACGUACAUGUACAGGUUUUCCAGGACGUACGGACCCCUAUCGAAAUUAUGCUGUUGGAAAAGCGAUAACUCUGCUUGUUCCAUGUUACUCAGGUUACUGUUCCGUCAUCUGUAUGAUUUUACUGUUGGAGACAGACGUGCGUCUGUAAGCUUCUCUAAACCCGCGUAGGUACUUCUUACUUGACUUGAAACAGUGCGCCAAGUCCUGUACUUCAGAGUUUGGAAGAAGUUAACCGUCAGCGAAAAUUGAAGAAUCACGUGCGUGGCUUUCCGGCCAACACUUGUAAGUGUGGAAUUGGUUACUUUGCAGAUACUCACAAUGAGUUCCGAGACAGAGAUGGAGGUCCAGGAUGUCACCAUUGAUCCACCAAAAGAUAAUGAGGACAAUGAACCGAGCAAAAAGACUUGUAGGAAGCUUGGAGCACUCAGCCACUAUAUUGAGAAAUUCAUGAACCAGACCGAACUGUCAGACGUGGUGCUGUGUUUUGAUGGAAAGCAGUAUCGCGCCCACAGACUGAUCCUGGGGGCCUGGAGCUCAAAGUUAGAGGAGAAGAUGGCCAAGGCUCCAAGGCUGGGUGGCGCCGGGGCAGAAACGGGCCAGCCCUUCCUGCUGGACCUCGACGAGGAUGUGGUCGGAGGCAGCAGCUCUGAGGAUUCCGACGCCGCCUUCCAGCAGUUUCUACGGUUCCUGUACUCGGGCAAGGCGGACCUGACCUCGGCAACAGUCAAGGUGGUCCUGAACCUGGCCCAGGUGUACGGGAUCCAGGCACUGCAGGAGAUCUGCGAGCAGUUCAUCAGCAAAGAGGUUGGCCAGCACAACAUCGACGGAGCCCUGGAGUGGCUCAGAGAAGCAGAGGAGAAGAACCUUACAUUUCUCCGGGAGAGCUGCCUCAAAGUUCUGAGGGCCUACGUCCAAUACAUUCCUGACAGUGCCUGGCAGGCACAGCGGUUGGACCAGUUAAUGUCUGUCAUUGAGAGCUCUGAUGUUGUCAUAGAGGAUGAGUAUGCUCUAUUUUUAAAGAUCGAAACCUGGAUCAGAUCGGAGCAGGUCACUGAUGAUAACCUGUGGGACAGUCUGGAGAAGAUCUUGCCUCAGAUUCGCUUCUCCAACAUGACGAUCUGGCAGCUUCAGCAGUUUGGCAAGUCCCGGCUGGGCGUACAGAUAUCCCAGAAGUACCCCGAGAUAGUCACCGAGGCCCUGCGAGUCCGUGCCCUAGCCUCAGAGGAAGUGGACUUUACCGAGGUGUCAGAGUGUGGCUUUGUCCCACCCCGCUUCUACCUCAAGUUCGUUCCCCCUGGUGGGAAACUGUCCAGCAUCAAGGAGGCCAAGAAGGACAUCUUCACACGGGCCCGGGUCAACCAUCUCAGCAGUAACUACUCGGAUCGCCGCGCCCAGACAUGGCGGAGGAGGCAACAGAAAGGGGGCCUGUACCGCCAGGCCGACAACGAAGCCUGGGAGGUGAGCAUCAUGUGCCGACAAGAAAGCCCUGGCGGGAAUUGGCGCGUGCAAGCCCUUUUCAUCCCCAGAUGGGAGCAUGUCAGUGAGAAAUACCGCAUUGUCUGGUGUGUUAAGUCUCGUGAGGACACGCCGAAUCCCAUAAUAAUCAACCACAGUGGGACCGUAGACAAGGGUGCAAAGCGCGCCUCAGCUGAUGGGAUCUAUUUGUUCGCACCUUACGUCUGGGAAGAGAAACCAGAGUAUGUAUAUUCCCGAGAGGUUGUGUACGUGGGUUAAUCCUUCCCUUAGCUUGACAUUGACAUAAAACCACUAUUGGUUUUAUGUCCUGUUUCCCAGCUGAAGUAAAGUACUCUUUACCUGUUUGUUUUUUUUUUCAUCUUUAUCUUGCUAACAAUUAAUCUCAGCGUACUUCUUGCCAAAGAUUGUAUAGCGCCAAAGGCGCAUGAUGGGUAACUCUGCCCAAAAGGCAUGCAUGUAAUCACCAUGGGCGCCAUUUGAGCAAGUGAUACGCCUGCGCAGUUUACAGUAAUGCUUCGGCGCAGGCUCACCAGGUGUACGUGCCUGCCGUGGUGCCUGCGCUUGUGCAUUAAUGUGCAUUGCGCAGGCAUAUCGCUUGCUGAAAUGGCGCCCAUGUGAUUACAACGUUUUACGUGUAUUCACAGUGAAGUUCGCCAUCUUGCACCACUACGCGGCACUAUACGAUCUUUGCUUCUUAACACAGAUAUUCUGUUUGCAUAUCAAUGAGUCUUUAAGCCUGACAGAAUUGUUCUUGUCAGCAUGUAAAACUCCAGUUUCUACUAAAACUUAAGACCCUUUUCACGUAUCAUAACAUUGUUUUGCACUAUUCUUUUUUUCUCUCUCUUCAAGAAAUUAACGUGUUUAGAACUUGCAUCAUUUUUUAAUGGAAUUUCGUAACUUCCGCUUUGACUACUAAGUCACUGAUAGGCUAUGGCUUGUGAAACUACAUAACCUUUGCCGACAUGACAAGUUUCAUUGUCAAAGUACACGUCGGGUCAGAUAAUCUUAAGUCCAUCUGUAAUAAGCCACCAGGCCAAGGCAUCGACUUAAGUGUUGUAUGAGUUAUGGACAAGUGAACUUGAAUCGUUUCAUUAGUACACGAUUGCUUUACUGUUCAAAUCCCCCGUGCACUUCAGUGCUGCUUUAGGCAGACUUGGCAGUAUGUAAUUAUUUAUUAGUCCAAGUCCAGUCACCAGUCACAAAAACAGUGACUUGAGUCAAGUCCAAGUUGUAUGAUACAAGUCUUCAACCCAGACCCCUUGUGGUAAAAUGAAUGCUUUUGCUAAAUUGUACUUUAACUUAAAAAGUUUUCGGGAGACUUGUAGGAAACUACACAUCAGAAAGUUAGUCCUAGUAUAAAUUCUGUUUGAACAGCCCUCAAAACUAUCCCUUCGGAACAGUAUCAAGCGUUCAACUUGCUUCAGUGCCGUUCUUCAACAAUUACACAUUUAAUAGCACCGUUGUACCUUUGUACAGAACAGAUCAACUUGUAUGUAACAUUGAUAGAUUGAAAGAGGGAGAAAUACGUGCACCGUGUCAUUUGUUGUAUUAUUUAAUGUCAUUUGUAACAAUAAAUUGUCAAAGAGUUUGUGAAAUAAUUAACUCAAGAAA